GUCGCACCCUGAAGAAAUAUCUUCACGUUUGGGCAUACGCACGUGUUCUAGAGUUCUGCCAUUGGUCGAAUCACUCCAAUGCACAUCCAUUUCGGACCAGCAUUCGGAUCGCCGGAUCGGAUCGGACUUUGUAGUCCGAAUAUGAAAGGGGGCUUCAAGGGUCUUUUGAGAUAUAUAAAUGCUCAUAGACGACGUUGAAUAUUGCUCAUUAUCUCUUCAUCUGAGUUCAGAUCUUGCUAUCACGAUGGAUUCUCCUUACCAAAAUCUCCUUACACACAACAAACGGCUCCGAAAUGCCAUCUCUCGAGCCGAGACUGAAGGCAUCCCUGCCAUACAAGUUUCACCUGCUCACGGGCGCCAGCUCUCCAUCCUCUGCCAGCUCAUGCAAGCCAAAUCCGUCCUUGAAAUAGGCACCCUCGCCGGCUACUCCACAAUCUGGCUCGCGGAGUCUGUCCCAGGCAUCAAGGUCACAUCCAUCGACCACAAUCCGAAGCAUCGCAGUAUCGCCGAAGUCAAUCUCCGCGGCCUGGACAACGUCGAUCUCCGCCUAGGCUCGGCCCUUGAUAUCUUGCCAGACUUGCAGGCCUCAGGGGCCGUAUUUGACUUUGUCUUGAUUGAUGCUGAUUGGGAAAAUCAGCAUCUGUAUUUUGAUUGGGCUGUGAAGAUGACGAGGAAGGGAGGUUGUAUUUAUGUGGACAAUGUGGUCCGGAAGAUCACCGAGGGCGUGGAGAGAAAGGAUCCUGAUCCCCAAUCUCUUAUUGAGCAGGUCAAGGGUGACAGCCGAGUCACUGCUACAUUACUUUCGGCAUUGGGCAGUCGAAAUGUGGUAGAUGGGUACAUUUUGGCUUUGGUAAAGUGAGAAGAAAUGUCGAAGCUGACAUCCUGGGAUGCCUGUUUAGGUUAGUGCUUGUCGAUAGCGUCGGUUAUAGAAUUCGGAUCUCCGAUUUGCGUCGGCUUAACCACUCUGUCAUGA